AUCCCGAGAUCGGGAUCGUCAAAAUGCGGUUUGUGAUUAUCUCAUUGUCCCUGGUGUCUCUGUCAGUCGCUCAGCGGUCUCACGAGGCUGCGAUUCUCUCGGACACGAGAUAUCUGUCUGGGGAUGGGACCUUCGGUGCUUCUUACAAGCAGGAAGAUGGGGUAGAGUUCAAGGAGGAGAGCGAUGCCAAUGGAGAUCGAAAAGGAUCCUAUUCUUACGUAGAUCCCAAUGGGGUUCGCAGGACUGUUACAUACACUGCUGGGAAAAAUGGAUUCCAGGCAUCAGGUGACGGAAUUCCGAAAGCACCCCCGCAAAUUCCUCCCCAACCGGAAUACGAGCCGCUGCCCGAGUACAAUCCCCCGGAUUACCGGCCGCCAGCGCGAGCAUAUCCGCAAUACCAUUCUCAACAGCCGGCGUAUCAACCGCGGCCAACACCCCCUCCAUCCUUCUUCCGUCAAGACUACGAGCAAAGAUACGAGCGUCUAUACCAACCGGAGCCGGUGUUUCGUCCGAGAAUUCAAUUCCCCGAGUACCAACCUGAGCCCCAGUACAGACCGACACCUCAAUACAGACCGGAACCUCAUUACAGGCCAGCACUUCAGUACAAGCCUGACCCCCAAUACCGACCUGAGCCUCAGGUUAAACCAGACUCUUUCAAAUAUUCCUUCAGUUCUCCUCAGAGUCCAAGCCCUCGACCCCAAUACAACGAAAUCACCACUCCAUCUCCUCGGAGAUUCUACCCACCAGGUAAAUUGGACUUCACGAGGACUCCCGAUGGCUUCGCCUACUCAUUCACCAAGAAUUAAUCCCAUCGUCAUCGUGUGAAAUAACUUUACGAUAAAUACUGUAAUUAAGUUAAACGAUUUAUUGAGUCGAGAAUCCUCCUGUGAGCAUGAGCUAAAUAAAAUUCUAAUUAAACUCUUGAUCCCUGAUUAGAUUAUAUUACUGGCCUUCGCGCAGGUGUA